AUGUCAGAGGCUCCAAAGGACACUUCUGUCCAGGGUGCAACGUACCAAGAACAGAUACAAGAAUCGGCGAGAAGGAACAAUACGGAAUUGUUACUACAAAUUAAAUCGGAAUUGAAUAACGACCAAGUGAAACUAGCUCAUUUGAUUAAUGAUACCAGAGAAAUUAUAACUAACAACACACCUUUGCAUUUGGCAUGUAACUUGGGGAAUUGGGAGUUUAUCGAUAUAGUAUUGGACAUAGAAGGAGUGGAAAUUGACCCUCAAAACCGGGAGUUGGAAACUCCACUACACGUUGCAGUGAAAUACGCCAUUGACGAACCUGAGCAUGGAUAUUUCAUUAUUGACAAUAUGCUAGAUGCAGGAGCAGAUCCUAGAAUCAAGGACAAGCACGGCUUGCGGCCAAGGGAUUAUGUAAAUAAGGGUAAUGAGAAGUUGUUGGAAUUGUUGGAGAGUGCAGAAUAUGCGAUUUCAAUGGAACCAAGUGAAGAGAUGCAGUUGAGGGAAUUUCAAGAGCAAGAAGAGGCUCAGGACGGAUCAGCCUCGGGAUCUGAAUCUGACUGA